UGGAACUAUGGGGCUGUAUUCGAAUUUCGAAGGAUUUAAACAGCGCUUAGUGUGGUAGGGAGAGGGCCCGUAACCGUCGCCCGAGACCCCUGCAGGUUAUAUAUGAAAUAGAUUUACUAAAACAUCAAAUUAUGCAGAAAAUCUCCAAGAGAAAUAGUAAUUCACCUAAUGCUGGUAAAGACCCGAACCCUGUUUGUCCUGAUAAGAAGAAAGAAAAUAAAGACAAUUUUGUUGAAAUAUUACCUCCAGAAGUAACUUUUAAAAUCUUUAGCCAACUUGACAUUCAGAGUUUAUGCCGAGCUGCAACAAUAUGCAAGAGCUGGAAUCAAGCAAUCAAGAAUUGUGACUACUUAUGGAAACACCACUGUUUGACUGUUAGAGCUAUAUGUCAAAAAGAGAUAGAUGGUGAUCGAGGAAAUGGAUAUUCAUGGAGGCGCUAUAUGUCAGAAAGAGACAGAUGACAUAGUCAAAUGGAUAUUCAUGGAAAGUAA